ACACAAUCACCGGACCCGGAACACCGCCAAAAUGACGAAGGGAACAUCCAGUUUCGGAAAGCGCCACAACAAGUCUCACGUUCUGUGCAGACGCUGCGGACGCCGCUCCAUGCACGUGCAGAAGCACACCUGCUCCAACUGCGGAUACCCAAGCGCCAGCAUCAGAAAGUACAACUGGGGCGAGAAGGCCAAGCGGAGAAAGACCACCGGUAGCGGACGCAUGCGCUCGCUCAAGCACGUUUCCCGCAAGUUCUCCAACGGAUUCCAGCAAGGCACACCCAAGGGCGCCCGUGGCGCUGCCACCCCAGCCAACGCAUAGAUCAAGAUGGGAAUGAUGAGGGCGAUCGGGAUGGACGAGGGAUGAAUGAGUUGCGCAUUGACAUGGGUUGAUUGGGAGUUCGGCGGAAGAAAAGGCUUUUCUCACACAACACAAACAUCGGUCGGACUCCUCACUUCACUCUCUCACCCGUGUGGAAGCCGGCAAGGUUGCGGCGUUCAUCUGCUGUGCUUUAUCGGCGAGGGUGUCAUGCUGAGUAGCUAGACUCGUGGAUGAUGAGUUUCAUGGCGAAAGGCUGAAUUGAGCGUCACUUCUCAUGACCGCAUAGUGUCUACGGCUUCAAGUUAUCUGC